CGGAUGGAGACCCUCACUUUGUCAUUGAUUUCCCCUCCAGCAAGUUCUCUGUCUGCUUCAAUAUUGACGGAGAACCAGGGGACAUCCUCCGACUGGUCUCUGAUCAUAAGGAAUCUGGUGUAACUGUGAAUGGGCAAUUAAUUGGAGCUCCUGCACCACCCAACGGCCACAAGAAGCAUCGGACUUACUUCAGCACCAUCACUAUCCUCAACAAUAAGCCAGAGAGAUCUUACCUAGAGAUCACACCCAAAAGAAUCAUCCUGGAUGAUGGGGAAAGACUUCUUCUGUCCUGUGGUCGGAGCGCUGUUGUGCGAAGCAGCAGCCUCGAGGUGUCCAUCUGUGCCAAUUCCAACAUCACUGUGACGAUACGAGACACCAUCAGCUUUGUCAUCCUCAUCCACCGGUACAAGAAGCCGGCUCCAUAUCAGAGGAAUCACCUUGGGUUCUACAUCUCCAACAGUAAAGGCCUCUCUUCUGAUUCCCAUGGGCUACUGGGUCAGUUCUUGAACCAUGAAGUUAAACUUCUUCAGGAAUCUCUAAACACAAGUAACCAGCAGGUUGGUCAGAAUCAAACUGAAGCAUUGAAGCCAAACCCUACAAACACCCUGAAAGUGAAGGGACGGCUCGUUCCUGUUGUGUGGAAGCAGAGGAGGAUCUACAAUGGCCAGCAGGAAGUUGAGUGCUGGUUUGCCAAAAACAAUGCAGACAAACUGAUCGAUGGGAGCUAUAAAGACUAUUUGGCUUCUCACCCUUUUGACACAGGGACCAGCUUUGGGACAAGUAACAGCCUUUAAGACGGAUCAGAGCCAUGCAUUGCAGCAGCAUGUGUGACAGCGGUUCCCUUCGGAAGCCUCUAGAGCUAGGCAACUUAUGAAUAUUUCUUUACUUUUUGGUGCCAAAGGAACCAAGGCUUUUUGCCCUUGGAAAUCAGCUGUAUCUCUUUCAUGCUAGACGGAUGUUGUUCAUCAAAUUCCUGA